AUGGAACAAAUCAAUCGUAUCAAAACAACGCUCAAUGAAGUUGACCUCAACUAUUGUGAAAGAGCCUUUACAGGUGAAAAAUCAUUAUACAACAAAGCAGGAUGGAUUAUUGAUCUUAUAAUAUAUAAAAGAAUGGUUCCUGCCAUUGCCUUCUACACAAACCUACUCGAUGAUAUCCUCAAGGACUUAGAGGGGAAAGGGAACCCCGAAGGAACUGCUGCCGUCGAUGCAGCCAAGGGUGUGUUGAAGGCCUUAGAGGAGCUUUUAAAUCAGCCGCAUAGUAUUAUCAUUCUUACUGAACCAGACAUCUCCAACUUUUCCUAUUACUUUGGAGCGAUCGAUGGGUUUCUCAAGAACUAUCCAGAGCUGCUCAAAGCGUUUAAAGAUGCGCUUGGGAGGGUCUUGCCCCAUGUCCGUGAAGGCCUGAAGGUCGAAGUAAAGAUCCCUUUGAAGUUUGUCAUUCUUGAUUUCUUAGGGAUGGAGGGAGGCUGCAGUGUUGAAGCCAACCGGAACUGGAACAACCUUCAUCGGUGCAUAAACGAAAUAGGCCUCGAAGUCCUCCAGCAAUACUUUCAGCAUGACAUUGAUGAGGCUUCUCUUUCCGAGACAAUAAAGAAUGAGCUGGACUGUUUAGAAAAGAUGAUCACCAAAGUCCCAGAGCCUCAUAGAGCGCAACUCUACGAGAUUCUUCGAGAUGUCAGGACGGCCUUUGACUCCCUUUCUCAAAAGCUCAAGGCUCUCAGAACAUCAUGUGCCCAAGUCGUCGAUGAUCUUCAAAGGAAUAGAAAGUCUUUUUCUGAUGCAUUCAGUGAACUAAAGGGAAUGUUGAGUGAAGCAGAGAAAGGCCUGUCUGACCUGAAGGAAAGGAUCUCCGAUCUCGAAAGGGUCCUUCCCUCCUCUCCCCCGAUGAAACUAUGUGAACUCCUAUGCUUUAUGUUCAUUGCCAUUCUGGCCAUCCAUAGUUUUCUUCACCUUGCCGAGGAUAAAAACAGCAGGGUGAAGACAAGAUGGAACACAGCACUGUACUCACUAGCUGUGGCCGGGACCAUCAUGCACCAGAUGUGGGUACUGUGGGGGGGGGGUGGAACUGGCAUGAGGAUGGGACAAGUGAUGUGUUGA